UAUACACUGUCUCAGGAAACGAUAGAUUAUUUGAAACAGCCAACAUUUGAUAUCUGGCACUGGGAACCGAACGAGGUAAUCUUUUUCAUAUCACACUUGUGUUACGAAUUAAAAUUGUCAAUGCAAUUUAGUAUCAACCCAAAAACACUGAAAAGAUGGAUGCUAUGUGUCCAAGAAAAUUACAGGAAUAAUCCGUUUCAUAACUUCCGACAUUGCUUCUGUGUCACUCAGAUGAUGUAUGGAAUGAUUCAUUUAUGCAAACUCUGGGAUAAAAUGACGAGGGAGGAAAUCGGAAUACUUCUUACAGCAAGCGUUUGCCACGAUCUAGAUCACCCUGGUUAUAACAAUACCUAUGCGACAGACAUGGCGAGAAAUAGUGAAAUUUUCGAGUCAUUUAAAACUAAACUGGAGGGCAAAUUCGAUUUCAAGAGCAAAAAGCAGCUGGAUACGCUGAAGAUGGUUUUAAUCAAAAUCAAAUGUUGUGAUAUAUCAAACGAAGUGCGUCCAAUGGAGGUGUCAGAACCUUGGGUUGACUGCCUUUUAGAAGAGUACUUCAAUCAGUCUGACAGGGAAAAGAUGGAAGGUUUACCAGUAGCACCUUUCAUGGAUAGAGAUAAAGCGACCAAACCAACGGCUCAGAUCGGAUUUAUCAAAUUUGUUCUCAUUCGAAUGUUUGAAACAGUAUCAAAGCUAUUCCAACAGAUAGAUAAGACGAUGGUCCAGCCGUUACGUCUAGCACGGGACAGGUAUGAAGGUAUGAAGGAACAAAGUACGCCACCUAACCCAAAGCCUGAAAAAGAUCAGGGUGCGAAAAAAGAUGGAGAGUGA